UAUAUAUAUAAAUAAAGAAAAAAAUAAUACGGAUCUUCUUUCUCGCUCUCUUUCAGAGUUGGGAAUUCGGUACCGAAAACAAAGCGUUCGCAGUUGCAAAGGCUCUGUCUCUUCGGUGUUCUAGAGAAACAUUUGACGAUAUGGGUAGCGCUACCAACGAAACCACAUCGGACUCUUUCAUCUCCGAUAAAUCAGCAAAGAUCUUCGUGGCCGGACACCGUGGCUUGGUCGGCUCUGCCAUUGUCCGCAAGCUCCAAGCUUUGGGCUAUUCCAAUCUGGUCCUUCGCACACACGCCGCGCUCGAUCUUACCCGACAAACCGAUGUCGAGUCCUUCUUCGCCACCGAGAAGCCCCAAUUCGUCGUCCUUGCCGCAGCCAAAGUAGGCGGUAUCCACGCAAACAAUACGUAUCCGGCUGAUUUCAUCGCCAUCAACCUCCAAAUUCAGACCAACGUCAUCGACUCUGCUUACCGAUAUGGCGCCAAGAAGCUCUUAUUCUUGGGUUCAUCUUGCAUCUAUCCCAAAUUCGCUCCCCAACCCAUUCCCGAAGAUGCUUUGCUGACCGGCCCAUUGGAACCCACCAACGAAUGGUACGCCGUGGCCAAGAUCGCCGGCAUCAAGAUGUGCCAGGCUUAUCGGAUCCAGUACGGCUGGGAUGCCAUUUCGGGUAUGCCCACAAAUCUAUACGGCCCGUAUGACAAUUUCCACCCCGAGAAUUCGCAUGUUUUGCCGGCAUUGAUGAGGCGGUUUCACGAGGCCAAGGUGAAGGGUGCGAAGGAAGUGGUGGUAUGGGGCACUGGUAGCCCUUUGAGGGAGUUUUUGCACGUAGACGACUUGGCGGAUGCGGUGGUUUUCUUGAUGAACAAGUAUAGUGGGUUGGAGCAUGUGAAUGUUGGGAGUGGUAAGGAAGUGACGAUCAAGGAACUUGCUGAGUUGGUGAAGGAGGUAGUGGGGUUUGAGGGAGAGCUCGUAUGGGACUCGACUAAGCCUGAUGGUACUCCGAGGAAGCUCAUGGAUAGCGCAAAACUAGCGGGGUUGGGUUGGACUCCCAAGAUCUCGCUCAAGGAUGGUCUUGUUGAUACCUAUAAGUGGUACUUAGAGAAUGUGAAACAAUAAUUUUUCAGGUAAUAUCUUCAACUGCGUUUCUCAAUCAGUAUGAUCCAUUCUUGUGCUGUCAUUGUUAAUUCAUUAUAAUCUAUCAAUGCUUCCAUCACUUGGGUAUUCGAGCAUUGAGAUGUACCAGUUAUGUGGAAUAAUUUAUAUGUGAUUUAUCAAGAUAUAUCUUUAAGGAGAGUACCAAGAGGAAUCGAGUUGUCGAAGGAAUUGAAACAGAUUAUGCAAUUUUGUAUAAUUCAGUUGUAACUUUCCCGUCUCUAUUAUAUAUAAUUAAGUUUGGUUGAUUAUUUA